UGCGUUUUGCAAAUAUAUCGUUUUUGAUUAAUCGUUCUUUGUUUCAUAAAUUCUUCACACUGUUGAUAUUUUUUUUUUACUUCCCAGUUCUUUUUAAUUUAUUACCAUAUAAGCCGAACAAUAAUUUCUAUAACAGUAUAACAGUUUUAUUUUACUGAAUAUAAAAAUGCGAGGUUUAAGAGGGUUUAGAACGAGAAGAUAUAUACAACUGGAAGACACUGGCUUUUCCGAUGCGCAGUUUCGAAGACCAGUUUACCCGAUUCCAUGGAAAUCAAUUAUUUUAGCUACAAUUUUAUUUGUACUGGGUUCUUUAGGGAUUAUUUUGGGAUCACUUAUUAUAACUGGUGUUAUCGCAAACGAGGAAUGGUUAGAUAGAGGAAAACCUUUCUUUUUCCUUGGGUCGUUAUUAUUUAUACCUGGUGCUUAUCAUGUUGGACUUGCUUAUUAUGCAUAUAAAGGAUAUGAUGGCUAUGAUUUCAAUCAAAUCCCUGACUGGUAAAAAUCAAAAUAAUAUAUAAACCACUUAUUAAGUAUAUUAAGUAUAUGUGUAUUUUAGAAUGUUACAUAACAAAUUAUUAUAUUAUAUUAUGUACAUGAAUUCAUUAGUUUAAAUCAUUAUAUUAAGUCAUUAAAUUAAAUUCAUUUUUUCAU